AAAAACCUUAGACAUAGAACGACAUUUUAAUACCAUAAUGCUCAAUAAAAUAAUAAAAAAAGUAUACAUGCAAAAUAACAAGAGGAGCUCUCACUAUAAAACAGAGCACAUGUUCUUCUCACUAACCACACAACAGAGAAGCAAAAGAAAGCCAUUUGGUGGAAAGAAAUACUGAAGAAAACUAACGAUGGCUAAGGACGUGGAAGCAGUUUCCGGAGAAGGAUUUCAGACAAGAGACUAUCAAGAUCCGCCGCCGGCGCCGCUGUUUGAUCCGGCGGAGCUAACAAAGUGGUCUUUUUACAGAGCAGUCAUCGCCGAGUUCGUAGCUACUCUUCUCUUCUUGUACAUCACCGUUUUGACAGUCAUCGGUUACAAGAUUCAGUCUGAUACGACUGCCGGAGGCGUCGAUUGCGGCGGAGUUGGAAUCCUCGGAAUCGCUUGGGCCUUCGGUGGCAUGAUCUUUAUUCUUGUCUACUGCACCGCCGGUAUCUCUGGUGGUCACAUAAACCCGGCAGUGACAUUUGGGCUAUUACUGGCCCGUAAAGUGUCGUUGGUUAGAGCCAUAUUGUACAUGGUGGCUCAAUGUUUGGGUGCAAUUUGUGGAGUUGGGUUUGUCAAAGCCUUUCAAAGCUCUUACUACAUCCGUUACGGCGGUGGAGCCAACUCUCUAGCCGAUGGCUACAGCACAGGCACCGGUCUCGCCGCAGAGAUCAUCGGAACUUUCGUUCUCGUCUACACCGUCUUCUCUGCCACCGACCCCAAACGCAGCGCCAGAGACUCCCACGUUCCGGUGUUGGCGCCACUUCCGAUCGGAUUUGCGGUGUUCAUGGUACACUUGGCCACCAUUCCAAUCACCGGAACCGGAAUUAACCCGGCAAGGAGUUUCGGAGCCGCCGUCAUCUUCAACGAGAGCAAGCCAUGGGAUGACCACUGGAUAUUUUGGGUGGGACCAUUCAUCGGAGCUGCGAUUGCUGCAUUCUACCACCAAUUUGUGCUGAGGGCUUCAGGUUCCAAGUCUCUCGGAUCUUUCAGAAGUGCUGCAAACGUAGAGAAUAAAAUAAGUCAUAUUUAUGAUCAUCAUCUUCUGACCGUUUCCGCACUCGGCGACUUCCUUUUCCCGAUUAUCUUCCAUUCCGAUUCUUCUUUUGUCUCGAUUUUGCUAUUCCGAUUUUGGCUGAGUGGAAUCAAUCAUGGCGGUGGAAGCCGCCACGGUAAUCGCCGGGACCAUACUCCGCCGCCGUACUCAAACCCUAAUCCUCUUCCGCUGCAGUAUUACCAGUACAAUGGCUAUUACCCGCCGAUUCCGUCGCCGUACCACCAUCAAGGUGCUGCUACGGUUCCUAAUGGAGCGAUGGCGUCUCUGUUUCCUAACGUUGAGAAUCAGGAAGUGGUGACUAUAAGGAAUGACAUUAAUUUGAACAAGGAGACCUUGAGAUUCGAGCCCGAUGAAGCAAACCCUCGCAAGUCUCUGCUCUCCUUCACUUUCGACGCCAAUGUUUCUGGAAGUAUCACUGUGAUGUUCUUUGCGAGAGAAGAAGGCCAAGAGUGUGACCUGAAUGCGACAAAGGAGGAUCUGUUUCCUUCCACGACAGUUCGUUUUCCGAAAGGUCUGGGACAGAAGUUCAAGCAGCCUUGUGGAACAGGGAUCGACUUGUCGGCUUUAUCGGAGACAGUGUUGGCUGAGGGAAGCGAGUCUGAUGUGUAUCAUGUGUCAGUGAAGGCAGAGGCAUCACCGGAGGAUAGUCACGAUCACGACGAGUCUAAGAAAACACCAAAUCGUCAGAUAACUCAUGCGGUUUUAGAGAGAGAUAAAGGCGAGUACAGGGCGAGAGUGGUGAAGCAGAUCCUUUGGGCGAAUGGGAAACAGUAUGUUCUUCAGGAGAUUUAUGGAAUUGGUAAUACAGUUGAUCGUAACGGAGAAGACGGGAACGAGUCUGGAAAAGAAUGCGUCAUCUGCUUAACAGAGCCACGAGACACCACUGUUCUCCCUUGCAGGCACAUGUGUAUGUGUAGCGGCUGUGCAAAGCUUUUGGGAUUUCAGACAAAUCUCUGUCCCAUCUGUAGACAACCAGUGGAUAGGCUUUUGGAGAUAACGGUCAACAACACCAAUGGCUCGAACCAC